AUGCUGUUUCAUCCUCACUGUCUGAGCAGGAUUUAUUUGCAAUGAGGAAAACUGACACAUGGCAAGAUGGCAGCGCGCUUGACACAGUUGGAGAGAUGGACAGCGCUGACAGCUGCGACAGUGUGGUCAGCUUCAACUCCUGCUUUAGUGAUGAUAGUUUGGAGUUCCUCUCCGCUGAGGAGAAAGCUUGUCUCAUGUUCCUAGAGGAAACCAUUCAAUCCCUGGAUACAGAAGAUGAGAGCGGCCUGUCCAAUGAUGAGCCAGAUCAGAUACCAGCACGAGGAAAUGUGGCAACCAAAGCAGCUCACCUCACUGCAUCGAUGGGAGUCAACAAGCGCCCUGGUCGAGAUACGCCUAGACGCCACUUUGAGGAUCCAUCAUCGUCUGGUAGCCCAGGAAAAAAUGAAAACGUCAAUUAUAUGGUCCCUACUCCAUUUAUUCUAGCGAAUGGUAACUCGCGAGUCCCAAACCGACCUGGAUUAGCCGCGUCCCCAACUAAGAAGCUAUCCGCCAUGAAGAUGGCUCCUGAAAAUACCCAGCCUUGUCAAGAAGCUAUGCGGAUUCAUUCAGAUGUCAAUGUAGUUGUGAUAUCUCCUCCACAUAAAACCAAAAGCAAGAAAGAAAACCUAAAUAACCAAAAAGCACAGAACGGGUCCUGCGGAGGGCCGCUCUCUUACCAAGGUCUUCUUCUAAGAAACAGCAAUGCAGCUGAAGCCGAUUCAGGGAGCACCCCUGCAAUCCAAACCUUACUACAAAAAUCAAAGAGUAUGGAAAGUGUGGGCACCAGGCUCGUUCCCCCACCUGUGGCCCCCAAACCUAAACUCAAAGCUUCAAGGAGCCAAGAAGGAGCCACUGACUCAAAUGUGCCUCACGCCAGGGUAUUAAAAGCUGAUAAAUUAAUGAAUCCAGAGAAAGUGAGGUUGGAGGCUCUUUGUAAGCUGGGUCUCCUUAAAGUGGAUCCAUCUAAUGCCAAGCAGGUCAGGACAAUCCAGCAAUCCCCAGCGUACAGCCAAACCACAGCUGAACCUUAUCGGCCGUGUGUCGCUCCAAAACCUGGAAAACUGACGCAGAAUCUUCAACAUCAGCUCUCUGUGAGCGACGUCUGCGCAGACCCUCCACGUCCACGACCCUCCUAUAUGGGGAAAGCUGCAACACUGAAGCGCAUUGGGUCUUCAGGUUCUGACAUCAACGAGUUAAAUUCGGUAUCUCUGAACCAGCAGUCGUGUUCUUCUACGGUAGAAACAAAGAAAUAUAGAGACACACAAAUAGAUGCUAGUCAGUCAAGACUCAGAAAAGACCAACAGGUGUCCGAAUCUCAACACGCAAAGGGCUUCAAUGUACCGGUGCACAGCAUCGGCAAGGAUCGAAGAGAUGCAUUACGCAAACUAGGACUCUUGAAAAACUAAGUGCCGAUUGUAUGUGAUUUUAGUAAUAUCUCUACUGAAAAAUCCAGCUGAGACCUGCAUGAGCUGGUAGCUGAUUCAAGAUGGCAGUAGCUGGUUAAGCUGGUCCUCCCAGCCUGGCAAAGCUGGUGGGUCAGCUGGUCCUUGGUCUUCCAAAACACAGCUAGACCAGCUUGCUACACCAGCUAAUACCAUGCUGGGAGACCAGUUAAAACCAGCUUAUGCUGGUUUUAGCUGUUGUUUUCAGGCUACUCUACUUUUAGUCGAUUAUGUAUGGAGUUGUCAUCCAGAUGCCGAAUUCAGUGCUUAAAAUUAAGAUGUGUUUUGGCUGUGUAAGUACUAGAUUAGCAAUUAGCCUUCACCGUUUAGUCUUAAUCUCUUAAACCGUCUCUUAUAUGCCUUUGAAUCAAACCUGUUUUCUCAAAGUGAAAAUCAAUUCAUGUUUUUGUUCAACCUGGCUCGACUUUUGAACCCAAGCAACCGUGCCUUUAUAGAUCAUCUGUCAGUCAAACUCCUCAUUUUACCAGCCGCCGGUGAGAUCUGACAUAGCACUUCAAUAGAUUAACUAGUUAUCUUGGGUUGCGAGUAAUAGACCAGUGUUCGUGUUACCCGACCUCAUCUGUCAUUAAAUGUCUUUAUCUCAAAAUGUGAUCUAGUUCAUGACUUACACAGAGAAUGGCUUCUUCUGUUUGUAUUGACCUAGUUAACGGUUGCCCUUUCACAGCACUGGUUAAGAUUCACUUUUCUUAAUGAAUUCACACUUUAACAACAGGAAAUAAAUUCAUUUACGUUUUUAUGCAUUUGGGAGAUGCUUUUUAUACCCAAAGCGAAUUACAGUGCAUUACAAAUGAGUAUCAAAUGUAUGAUUAUGAUGUUUGUGCUAAUGCAGUGCUUUGCUGAUUGACAUACACUGCAAUAAAUUAUGAUGAUGGUUAAGUAAAAGCUUUUGGUUAAUAGCCAAACAUACACUGUAAAAAGUAAAAGUUGGAUCAACUUAAAAAAAUUACUACAAUUCGUAACAACUAAAAAAUGUGAGUUCAUUCAAUUGGUGUAAGUAAUUUUAUACAUUGAUCCAACUUUUCACUUCUUAAAGUGUAUGAUGACUGUAUGGGUAAAAACUACAGUGCCUCCAUCAAUAGUACUAGCACAAUUUAUAUAAACACAAAUAUAUGCAUCAAUUAAAUUGCUGUUUGUGCAUGUGUUUUUAAUGUCGUAUAUGUGUAAAGUGAUCCUGUACCUGUCCUGAUAGUGAAAGUGCUUUUCUUCUGAGUGGUUUUCAUUACAGUCUUAAUGUCUGCUGUGUACAGGUCGCUCUGACCUGAUGUU